AUGAUGUUAGGAUUAGUUUUAAAUAUUGAGGGAAAACAUUUUCUAGGUGGUACCAUAACCUGGCAUCCGUUGAACGCAUCGGCUACUGGAUCAACAAUCGAUAUUGUAAUUACACAAACAUAUUCAUGGACUUACUCAGUGAUGCAAUGCACGGAAAGCAUGACGGCAACCAAUCAAAUGAUACCAGUGAAUGAUAGCUAUGCUUCCCUUGCAUCCAGAACAUUAGAUUGUAUAGCCAAUUGUGGAACCAGCGGUGGUUACAUAGCUCCGUCUAUUGUACCUUAUUGUACAGAUGUUUCAGCAUCUGUCGGAACUACUGUUGGACAACGUCUCGAUACAGUGAGCAUACAGGCAGGCUCUGAUUUUGUAGUCGGUUUCAAUGAUUCUUCUUGGCGUGAAUUAGUCCAAGGCACAGGUGCUGCUUGGUCUAUAGCAGCUCGUAUUAAUCUCACACAAAGAGCUGACACAGGCUUUUAUAAUAAUGCUCCAGUAGCUACUAUGAUGUCCCCUGUCAAUAUUGUGAAGGAUCAACCAACAGUUAUCAAGGUACCUAUUGCUGACGCUGAUGGGGACAAUCUUCAGUGUCGUUGGUCGACACUUUCAGGUGGCAUCGAUGAAUGUGGUGGAACAUGUCCACCUAAUUCUCUUCCUGCAAAUACCACCAUCUUUCCUAACUGUACCAUUAUCAUAACCGGAACGAUUGUAGACCAAUGGUAUGCAGUUACACUUAUGGUAGAGGAUUUUAUCAGUAGUUCAAGUACAACACCGUUGAGUGCAACACCUGUUCAGUUUCUCGUACAUGUCGUUGCUUCGCCAUCGUGCUCUAUUCCACCUAAAAUCACUGGUGUACCUAUUGAGCAAUCUUGCACAUCGAUUCUUGUUGGUCAAACGUUUACAUCGACUUUAUAUGCUGAAAAUAGCUGUGGACCUAAUGUGACCAUUGCCGAUAUUGCCACGCUAUCCUAUGCCGGUGUCCUUAAAGGCAACAUAACAAUGUUAAACGAGACGACUUAUUAUAAGAAUUUUUCAUGGAUACCAACGGCUGCUCAAGUUGGCUAUCAAGUUGUGUGCGCGAUGGCUCAAGAUUCGCAAUCAUCACAGUACUGUUUUAAAUUCUACGUAUCAGAACUUGGUGUAUGCGUUUGUCCCGAACAUCCACUUCUAGCACCUCAACCUCGACUUCAUCCAGUUCAACGACAUCAACUUCUAGCACAUCGACUUCUACAACAACUUUGUCGACAUCAUCAUCAUCAACGACAGCCACUACUACAACAAUCUCUACAACGUCUACAAGUACUUCUACGUCGACCACAACAACAUCAACUUCAACGACGUCAACAAUAA